AUGUCAUUCAGAGCCGGUCUCCGUUUCUUCAAUGCCUUCCGCCAGGAGGCUGUCCGUACUGGCAAGCCCGUCGCCCAAAGACGCACCUAUCAGUCGGCCGCCGAGACCAAUGUCGACCCUCCACCAAACCAGUCUCGCUUCCAGCAAUUCUUCCACUCUCCCGUUGGCCCCAAGACGGUCCACUUCUGGGCUCCCAUCAUGAAGUGGGGUCUCGUCCUCGCUGGCGCUGCCGACUUUGCUCGUCCCGUCGAGUCUCUUUCCCUCUCUCAGAACAGCGCUCUUAUGGCUACUGGUCUGAUCUGGACCCGCUGGUGCUUUGUUAUUAAGCCUAGAAACCUUUUCCUUGCUUCCGUCAACUUCCUCCUUUUCUGCGUUGGCGCAACACAAACCUCGCGCAUUCUCCUCUGGCAACAAUCCCAAAAGGGUGACUCUCUCACCGACGAGCUCAAGAAGGCCGGCAAGCAGGAGGGUAAGGAGCUCGAGGCCAUUGCUAAGGACCCAAAGGGCGCAUUUGAGAAGGCCAAGAAGGUCUAA